GCCAACGAAUCAAUAUCCUCUUUCCUUUUUCCCCACCAUCAUUGUUCUUUUGCCAAGAUGACUUCUGCCAAAUAUCCCUCUAUCAAAGCUGGCACAGAUUCCCUCAAACUCAAUACGGGAGCUACUGUUCCUAUCCUCGGACUAGGUACUUGGAGAUCACCAGACGAACAAGUUACAAAAGCAGUAGAAGUUGCUUUGAAAGCCGGUAUUCGUCAUUUAGACUGUGCAUUCGCAUACGAUAAUGAAGUAGCCGUUGGAAAAGGCAUCAAAAACUCUAAUAUUCCUCGUGAUCAACUCUUUGUAACAACAAAGAUUUGGGGAACUUUCCAUCGUAGAGUUGAAGAAGGAAUUGAUAUCUCUUUACAACGUUUGGGAUUGGAUUAUGUUGAUCUUUUACUCAUUCAUUGGCCAGUCGCCCUUCGUCAAAAAGGAGAUGAAAAAAUCCCAUUGCGUGAAGAUGGCAGCCGUGAUCUUGAUGAUGAACGAACAUUGAACGAAACAUGGAAAGAAAUGGAAGCUCUGGUAGCAAAGGGAAAAGCCCGUGCGAUUGGUGUCUCCAAUGUAUCAAAACCUUUCAUGGAAGAUCUGCUAAAGACUGCCAAGAUCGUACCUGCGAGUAACCAAAUCGAAGCUCACCCUUUCCUUCCCGAGCACGAUCUCGUUCUCUAUCUGCAAUCAAAAGGUAUCACACCCGCUGCUUAUUCACCUUUAGGUUCAGGUGCUGCACCCGUACUAGAAGACGAAACAAUUCUCAAAAUCGCAAAAGCAAAAGGUGCAGAACCAGCACAAGUAGCAAUCGCAUGGCAAGCACAGCGUGGCGUUUUAGUGAUUCCAAAAUCCGUCACAGAGCAUCGAAUCAUUAGCAAUGCCAAAUUGAUCUCAUUAACAGAUCAAGAAAUGCAAGAGAUCAAUGAAUUGCACAAGCAACCUGGCAAACAUAUUCGAACAUGCAUGCCUCCUUGGGGCGUUGAUUUCAAGUUUGAUAAUUAUCCUCCUCCAGGACAAAAGGUGUGAAAUUAUAUUACAUUGUCC